AUGCUAGGUGGUCCUGAGGAUGGUACUGUUAUCCCCAGUUUUGGUGGUCACAUGGCUGCAUAUAUUUGGGGCGGGCAGGAGCGCAAUGUUUUGCGCUGUUUGAGCAGGACACAGUUGUGUUCUGCAUUGGUUACCUGGCGAGGUCGUCUUGCACAGGAGCAUCUGGAGCUGAUUGACGGUAGUGGUCUGUCUCACUUACGAGGGAUCAUGUUUAGGCGUUUUGAUUGGCCGUUGAUUUCUGCGUUUGUUGAGAGAUGGCAGCCAGAUACGAACACCUUUCAUAUGCCAUUUGGGGAGAUCACGAUCAUGCUGCACGAUGUGUACCAUAUUCUUGGGCUUCGUGUUGAUGGUUCCAUGGUUUCCACUACUCCUAGCACGGACGUCAUACGGGACGCGUGCCAGGUUACCCUGGACAUGACUGCGGAAGAGCUGAACGAGAAGUGCGGUACGAAGACCAUUUGGCAGGGUAGUGGGGUGCUGACCGAGAGGAUUAUGGACUCGACCUUGGAGGAGCAGAGGCCCUUCAGUCUCCAUUACAGUGCCUACAUGUGGUUAGUACUGGGCGGAUGUCUGUUUUUGGACAAGAGUGGUAACCGCACUCAUCCUUCCUUCCUCAACGAGCUUGUUGUUGAGGAGCUGCAGAUUAGUGACUACUCUUGGGGUUCAGCUGCUCUGGCAUAUUUGUAUCGCCAGUUGGGUACGACAUCAAGAAAAGAUGUCGAUUCAAUCGCUGGUUGUCUCACGCUUCUGCAGGCGUGGAUCUACGAGUACUUUCCGUGUUUCCGGCCUCAGCAGGGUACCUUGACGAGGGAGCUUAGUAUUCCUCGUGCGUGUGCUUGGGAUGUGGGAUCGGGGUGCCCGAACAAGAGCAUGGAGCGCCUCCUCGCUUUUCGUGCUCGAUUGGAUCAGUUGACCGAUAAUGAGGUUAACUGGCUACCUAUUGUUUUAGGUGCCCUCACCAGACUCAGUGGUGGAGGUGCUACGGUCGCUCCUGGUUACAUGCAGUGGCUGUACCGAUUUUCUCAUCCUCGUCUUUCUCCUGGUGGGUCAUUAGAUGGGAGUAGCAGACUUCCUGAGAGGACUAACACGGACUAUUGGAUGGGUCGGUCCUUGGAGAUUCACCAGAGAUCACUGGAUGAGUAUCCCAGCAUGAUGCGUGAAACGAGGGCAAUGACUGAGCAACUGACAGCUGACUAG